AUGUGUGAAACUUGGCGACGCAGUAGAGUGAGGUUCUGGUUGGACAACGUCAUAUGCUCUGACACUCACACCACCUUGAGAGACUGUGACUCUAACAGCCUGCUCACCCACAACUGUGUCCCCACAGAGGUUGCUGGCGUGGUGUGUUGGACGAAUGAGAGCAGUUGCAGCGCAGGCCUGUUUCCUUGUUCUACCUUCAAUUCCUCCUCCUCUCCCUCGUGCAUCGCCAGAGAAAAUGUGUGUGAUGGCAGUGGUCACUGUCUCAACUUAAGUGAUGAGGCUGUUGAGCUCUGUGAGGACGUGGGGGCAACACUUCUGAUUACCAACACACAGGUUAAUGUCCCUGGUGUCGCCCUGGGUACUGUCUACGUCAAGCAUCAGCAGGAGUGGGGCACCAUCUGUGACUACGGUCUUACGCUCAGAGACGCAGAGGUGAUAUGUCGCAGUUUGGGCUAUGGUCAAGGGUGGACGGUGCAGUUCCCGGGGUCUUACCUGGGGUCGAUCACCGGAAGACUGUGGGUGGAAGAGGCGCCACAGUGCACAGGCAACGAGGAGUGGUUGGGCGAGUGUCCCGGACUGGUGUGGGGCUCUGAUCAGUGUACUAAGUUCCAGGAAGAGGCGGUCUUCUGUUACGACCAAGGAUUAGAGGUGCGUCUGGCUCCAGGAACUUCUGCUAGUGUGGAAACAGUAUCGCAUAGUGUAAGCACCGCACCCCAGACUGUGGGCAUAGCAUUCCAGGAUACGGAUAUAGCAUCCCACAUUGGGACCAUAUUGCCCCCAAGUAAAAGCAGUGCAUCCCAGAGUGAGGAUUUAUUGUUCCAUAGAGUGGGUGUACUGUCCAGGAGAGUGAGAGUCGCUCAUCCGAGUGAUGUUACCGGUAGAGUGGAGGCCUUGCUAGGUGGUGUGUGGGGCAGCGUCUGCGACUCUGACUUCGACGAUCUUGAUGCCCAGGUGAUCUGCAGGAUGUUGGGGUAUGAGGGCGAGGCGGUCGGCUACAGGCUGGCUGGCUCAGGUUCUGGCCCUGUGUGGCAGCUCAGAUUGGACUGUGUUGGUGAUGAGCAGUCUCUCCUGGAGUGCCGAAUGAGGCCACAUAACACCACUUGUCCACUUAAUAACACUGCCGGGGUUGUGUGUUCUCACACUAGAGAAAGGUCAAGUGCUCUUAGGAGUCUGCUGCCAGGCAGCUGUGGGCAGAUGGAGGAUGCCGCUAACCAAUACCUUACCAGGGUUGCCAGGAUCUUCCGUGGGACUCCAUCUUCACGGUUCAACUCUCCUUGGCUUGCCGCAUUGCGCUACACGGGAGUAAAUGGUUCGCUGUCAUGUGGAGCAACCAUUCUGUCUGAGGACUACCUGUUAACGGCGGGACACUGUGUGGACACCCUAGCCCCCUUCCACCUUGUCGUCACCGUAGGGAACCACAACUCUAACUUCAGGGAGGAGUCUGAAGAGGAUUUCUCCGUCGACAAAAUCUGGCUACAUGAGAAGUACAGUGCAUACGGCUUCCUCGACAACGACAUCGCCCUCAUCAAGAUCAAACGGAAGAGAGGACAUGGACUGAGGUUUGGCCCGAGGGUGAAGCCCAUCUGUCUCCCUGACGCCCGUGACUCCUACGAUGACCUGCAGGGAUGUGUGGUGAUGGGAUGGGGCGAACAGAUCUUUGUACCUGAGCGUCCCUUCCGGCCAUCCCCACGAGUGUUGCACUUCACUCCCACCAUCGUCGUAGACCGCACGUGUCAGCUGCUGGCUGGGGCUAAGAACUAUUCGUCGUCCAAUGCAUGCUUCAGGGCAGUGACCUCGAGUUCGUCCGUGUGCCGUGGGGACUCUGGAGGUCCUCUGGCCUGCAUGGUGGAUGGUAAAAUCACUCUCUAUGGCGUGGUGUCCAGGGGUGUAUUAUGCGUCCAGCCCAAUAACCUUCCACAGAUAUACACUCGAGUAACAAAGUAUAUUCGUUGGAUUCUGGAGAAAAUUGCUGCUGAAGAGUAAUAACCCAACCCUAUAUAUUCUUACUACCAAAGAUAGAUAUCAACAUAGGAGUUUGAAUAUCUAUGUUGAUGUAAUGAGGAGGAUGAUAAAGGAGCAACUGAAAAAUUUAUGAAUGAUGGGAACCUGGAAGUCUUGGCUUUAAAGGGAGGGAGAAGAAAAACGCUGAUGGGAACAAGUGUAGACCAUAAAGUGAACAUUGAAGGAAGAAGAACAGAGUGGCAGUGCUGUUGACUGAUGGAGUACAAGUAUGUGUUAUUUAAAAUGAGAUUUGACAAAAGGAUGAAUAAGUGAAGUGCAUACUCGUAGAUGUUCCAAAGAAAAAGGAAAGAAAGUGGUUUAGGCAAGGAAUGAAUAGCUGAAUUUAAUGUUUGAAUUUGAGGGAUAAAGUGAUAUCGAGUAUGACAGCGAAAUGGACGUGAUUUGGGAUAGACAGGACAUUCAAGAAAAGAAUGGAAAGACUGAUAGAAAUGCACUGUAUGCUGACUACUGAGAGAUAAUUAAUAAUAAGUGUGGAUAUUUAAAGGGAAGGAAAUUGAUAAGUACAGUAUGUGAAUACAUCGACCACUGAUUAGUACAGGGUCCGGCAGAGAAACUUCACGGUUUUUAAAAACGGGCUGUGCUCGAAAUCGUUGGAGUGGGGGAAGCGACAUUGAACGCACGUGCAGUUUAACUGAACUGACCGGAAACAACAUGAGGGAGGGAGUGGCAGCAAUACCUCUCGAAAUGGCACAUCGAGUAAUGGGGAAUUUUCGCUCCCAACUGCAAAAAUGUGUAAAUAACAAUGGACACCAUCUCACUGAUGUAAUUUUUAAGAAGUGAAGCUUGUACAUAAAAUGUUUUGGUUAAUUUGGGUUUAAAAAUUUUGGGUAAUUUAUAUAUAUA